AUGCCGAUACUGUUUUUCAUCUCUCAGCUGCGUGCCUGCAUCGUCCUCGCCUUGGCCACCAGUGCCUUUGCUGGUCACGUUGCUGGAGGUUACACCCUCGCCAGCAACCUCGGUUACGGCCUAGGCUACGGAAGUCUCGGCUAUGGCGGUCUCGGCUAUGGUGGCCUGGGUCUCUCCCAUUACGGCCUGUCCCAUGGAGUCGGCUACUCCGGCCUCACUGGCUAUGGUGUUGGUUACGGAUACGGAUACGCCCCUGCCGCUAGCUACGCCGUCGCUGCCCCAGCUGUUACCCGGACCGUUUCCACCUACCACGCUGCUCCAGCUGUGACCGCUGUCCACGCUGCCCCAGCCGUUACCGCUGUCCACGCCGCUCCAGCUGUCGCCACCUACGCUGCUGCCCCAGCCGUGACCAGCGUUGUCCGUUCUGCUCAAGUCGUUGCUGCCGCCCCAGCUGUCACCUACGCUGCCGCACCAGCUGUCACCAGGGUGGUCCAGGCCGCGCCAGUUGUCCAGACCUACGCCGCCGCCCCAGCCGUCACUCGUGUCGCCACUUACGCUGCCCCAGCUGUCACCAAGGUUGUCCAGUCGGCUCCUCUUGUCCACAGCUACGCCGCUGCUCCAGCCGUUACCGCUGUCCACGCUGCUCCAGCUUUCGCUGCUGUCCACGCUGCCCCAGCUGUUACCACUGUCGCCCACGCUGCCCCAGCCGUCGCUACUUACGGCGUUGCUCAUGUUGCCCACGCUGCCCCAGCCGUCGCUACCUACGGUGUUGCUCACGCUGCGCCAGCCUACUACGGUUACGGUGUUGGCUCCCUCGGCUACGGUGCCGGCAGCUAUGGUUACGGCCACGGACUCCUCGGCUACGGCCUGAACUACGGCUACGGCCUUGGCUCUCCUCUCAGCUACGCCACCCUCCUCCGCAAGAAGAAGUGUAAGUUCUGCUUUCUUUUCACUUUUUUUUUUAUUUUUGAACUCUCCUUUCUCACUAACUUCCAUGUUUUGUUGUUCUUCCAGAAAUUUUCUUGUUCGACGCCCUCUGAAAGAAUACAAUGUACAGAGCAACGGAGAAGCAGUUUUCAAGGCAUCAAUCAUGUGUACGGAUUGUUACCGGAAAAUAAACUACUUCUGCCAACUAAGCUUUGUCGUCUGUAUUUUCAUGACGUUGUCCUGUUCACCAAGACUGGGGACAAAUUGCAACAGAUGAUUGAGGACCUUAAGAGUGAAAGAAUUAGAGGUGGAGUAGCUGAGAGGAGAGCCAAGGCCGUAUCCGUAGUUCAGGCCGUAGCCGAGGAGACCGUGACCGUAACCGUAGCUGCCGACACCGUAGCCGAGGGAGCCAACACCGUAACCGUAGUAGGCUGGGGCAGCGUGAGCAACACCGUAGGUAGCGACGGCUGGGGCAGUGUGGGCGACGUGAGCAACGCCGUAGGUAGCCACCGCUGGGGCAGCGUGGGCAACGUGGGAAACUCCGUAAGUGGCGACGGCUGGGGCAGCGUGAGUAACGGUGGCAACAGCUGGGGCAGCGUGGACAGCGGUCACGGCUGGGGCAGCGGCGUAGCUGGCGACAAGUGGAGCCGACUGGACAACCUUGGUGACAGCUGGGGCAGCGUAAGUGGAGACACGAGUGACGGCUGGAGCGGCGGCGUAGGUCUGGACAAGUGGAGCGGACUGGACCACCCUGGUGACAGCUGGAGCGGCAGCGUAGGUGACAGCUGGGGCGGCAGCAACGACUUGAGCAGAACGGACAACGCUGGUCACGGCUGGGGCAGCAGCAUAGGUGGCGACAGCUGGAGCGGCGUGGACAGCGGUAACAGCUGGGGCAGCGUGGACAGCAGUCACAGCUGGAGCAGCGUGGUAGGUGGAAACGGUGCGGGUAACAGCUGGGGCAGCGACGGCGUAGCUAGCGGCUGGAGCGUAUCCGUAUCCGUAGCCAACGCCAUAGCCAGUGAGGCCGGAGUAGCCGACUCCAUGGGACAGGCCGUAAUGGGAAAGCCCCAGGCCACCAUAGCCGAGACCGCCGUAGCCGAGGCUUCCGUAGCCCAGGCCGUAACCGAGGUUGCUAGCGAGGGUGUAACCUCCAGCAACGUGACCAGCAAAGGCGCUGGUGGCCAAGGCGAGGACGAUGCAGGCACGCAGCUGAGAGAUCGAAAACGGUUACGGCAUCUUCGUGCCUGCAUCGUCCUCGCCUUGGCCACCAGCGCCGUUGCUGGUCACGUUGCCGGAGGUUACACCCUGGCCAGCAACCUCGGUUACGGACUCGGCUAUGGCAACCUUGGCUAUGCCGGCCUUGGCUACGGUGGCCUUGGGCUCUCCCAUUAUGGCCUUUCCCAUGGAGUUGGGUAUUCCGGCCUGACUGGCUAUGGCGUUGGUUACGGACACGGAUACGCCCCGGCCGCUAGCUAUGCCGUUGCCGCCCCAGCUGUUACCCGCACCGUUUCCACCUACCACGCUGCUCCAGCUGUGACUGCCGUCCACGCUGCUCCAGCGGUGACCGCUGUCCACGCCGCCCCAGCUGUCGCUACCUACGCUGCUGCCCCAGCUACCUAUGCUGCCGCCCCAGCCGUAACUCCCGUCACCGCUGUCCACGCUGCUCCGGCUUUCGCUGCCGUCCACGCUGCCCCGGCUGUUACCACCGUCGCCCACGCUGCCCCAGCGGUUGCUACUUACGGCGUCGCCCACGCUGCUCCAGCCGUCGCUACCUACAGCGUUGCCCACGCUGCCCCAGCCGUCGCUACCUACGGUGUUGCCCACGCCGCACCAGUCCACUACGGCUACGGCGUUGGCUCCCUGGGCUACGGUGCCGGUCACUACGGUUACGGCCACGGUCUCCUCGGCUACGGCCUGAACUACGGCUACGGUCUUGGCUCUCCUCUGAGCUACGCCAACCUCCUCCGCAAGAAGAAGUGUAAGUUCUAG